CGAACUCAAUGUCUAGGCUCGUCAAGCUCUAACCAAACCUGAGUACACGAGUGUCGAGCUAGAGCCGAGCCUGCCUAGACUUAUUAACAGGCCUAACUAUUCCCCUCAUUCUAUUCCUAAAAUGUUAAACCAAAUAACCCGAAUAUGGUCUUUCACAAUAGCCGAUAGAACCCUUCAUCUUACUUUUAAAAAAAUCACGCAACGAUAUGAGGAAACACACGCUGCUAAGAAGAUUAAAGAGGAAACUUCUAAAGUGAUUGAUUAAAAUAUAAUUCAUCCGUAUUUUAAAAAGAGAUACACUUUGACCAUCAAGUAGUUUUAGGAGAGUGAGUUGAAUUUAUUAAAAUAACAUGAAAGUGAGGUAGUGGGUGAAUUAUUAUUAUAUUAGAAAGAUGAUGUGAAUAAGUGCCGGGACCAUAUGAAAGAGAGAAAUAUUAUGAUAAUGGAAGUGGAGACCAAAACAUGUCAAAAAAGGAAAGUGUAUCGCUUUUUAAAAUACGGCAAUUUAAGAAAAAUGUAUACUCCGUAUCUUUUUAAAAUACGGAGAGAAUACUUCAUAGUAAGUAGUACAACGUGUCAAGAAAAACAACGUCCACGUAGAUAACUCCAAACCCACAAAUAUUCCCCCCAAAAUUUCCCUCCAUUUCGUCUCCCCUCAUCCCAACUGUCAUCAAUUUUACAGAACAACCCUCUCUCUCCCUCCUCCCUCCACCCCACAAUUCUCCGGCGUAAGAUCGCCGUUAUGACCUCCAAACCGGUACCGACUACCACCGUACAACCGGAAAGAAUCCGGGUUCUAAAACCAGGGUCGAACCCGAACGGGGCGGUAGUUUACUGGAUGUUCAGGGAUCAAAGGGUGAGAGACAAUUGGGCCUUAAUCCACGCCGUUGAUGAAGCAAACAAGAGGAAUGCUCCGGUUGCGGUGGCAUUCAACUUAUUUGAUGGGUUUAAGGGCGCAAAUGCUAGACAAUUAGGGUUUAUGUUAAGAGGGUUGAAGCUUUUGCAAGCUUCUUUGCAUAAUUCCCUUCAUAUCCCUUUCUUCCUUUUCCAGGGAGAAGUUGUAGAGACUAUACCUAAAUUUCUUGUAGAAUGUGGGGCUUCUCUGCUGGUUACUGACUUCACACCCUUGAGGGAAAUUCGAGGGUUCAAGGAAGAACUUUGUAAGAGAGUGGGUGAUUCAGUGUCUAUACAUGAAGUUGAUGCUCACAAUGUGGUUCCGGUUUGGGAAGCAUCGAGCAAGCUGGAGUACGGUGCUAGGACUAUUAGGACUAAAAUUAAUAAGUUGCUUCCUACUUAUUUGACUGAUUAUCCAAUUCUUCAACCUCCAAACUGUAGCUGGGAGUCUUCAUCUCCUGUAAUACAAUGGGAUCAGCUCAUUGAAGAUCGUCUCAAAAAAGGAGCAGAAGUGCCAGAAAUUGAUUGGUGUAAACCUGGUGAAACUGCUGCACUUGAAGUUUUGAAGGGAAGCCAGAAUGGGUUUUUAACAAAAAGGUUGAAGAGCUAUGCUACUGACAGGAAUAUCCCAUUAAAACCAGGAGCCUUAUCUGGUCUCUCUCCAUACUUGCAUUUUGGCCAAAUAUCUGCUCAACGUUGUGCCUUUGAGGCACGUAAUGUCCGGAAAGUUGCUCCUGAGGCAGUUGAUGCAUUUACGGAAGAAUUAAUCGUGCGUAGAGAACUUGCUGAUAACUUCUGCUAUUAUCAACCUAACUAUGAUUCACUCAUGGGGGCGUGGGAGUGGGCACGUAAGACAUUGAUGGAUCAUGCUUCUGAUAAAAGGGAACACUUGUACACGAGGGAGCAGCUGGAGAAGGCACAAACUGCUGAUCCGCUAUGGAAUGCUUCUCAAUUGGAGAUGGUUCAUUUCGGGAAGAUGCAUGGUUUUAUGCGUAUGUACUGGGCAAAGAAGAUUCUUGAGUGGACAAGCGGUCCUGAAGAAGCCCUUGCAAUAGCAAUCUACUUGAAUGACAAGUAUGAGAUGGAUGGUAGAGACCCAAAUGGAUAUGUAGGAUGCAUGUGGUCUAUUUGUGGACUGCAUGACCAGGGGUGGCGGGAACGCCCUGUAUUUGGUAAAAUCCGUUACAUGAAUUAUGCUGGUUGCAAAAGAAAAUUCAAUGUUGAUGGGUAUAUUGCGUAUGUGAGGAAGUUAGUUGUUGAUACCAAGAAAAGAAAGGCUGAGGCUGACAUCUCAUCAGAGAAGAAGAAGGAACCGCGUUGCUGAGACUGCUUGUGGAGUUUGUGCACUUGGGCGAGGAUGAUUACCUGACACGAUUAAGGAUUAGGGUGUGGCUUAUCUUCUUAAUUGUAGUGGACUAGUUAGCAGUAACACUAGCUAGUUUUUAGUUGUUCUCUUAGUGAGCAACUGAGGAAAAAAAAUAUACCUCCUGCUUCUGGGUACACACAUUAAUGGUAACAAAGUUUUUUUUAGUACUUGGUAGUGAUUUUUGACUGACAGCAAUUUGUAAAAAGUGAGUACUUUGUUAGAAGUGGAUGACGAGAUCAAGGAUGUGGAAGAUAAGUUUAGCAAAUGAAGGCCAGAAAGGUUUUUUCUU